AUGAAUGGAAGGUAUGAAUUUUCUGUGGCCUCCCUGGGUCUCUCUCAGAGCUCUUCAGCAGCUGACAACAACAGCUCAGCCUUCCCUCGCUCCAGCCCCCCUACCCGACUCAGUCUUCCCUGCCCCCCACUACCACAGACUCAGCUUCCCCAGCCCCACUACCUCAGACUCAGUCUUCCCCAGCCCCACUACCCCACUGACUCAGUUUCGUCCAAUCCCUCUACCGCGGAGACUGCAGUCCUCCGCUGCCCCACUAACCCAGCUCAGCCCCCAGCUGACCCAGACUUAGUCUUCCCCAGCCCCACUCAUGCGGUGCCAGGCCCCUCUUCUGAUCCAGCCAUCUUUCCCCAGGCGACCCAACCCAGUCUCAGCCACAGACCCAGCUCUAACCCAGCCAUCUUACCCCAGCCCCAGCACCAGGUUCUCCCGCCCAGCUCUAAUCCCAGCCAGGUCCACCGCCCAGCAUCCAGCCACUCUUACAACCAAAUAGAAAACGCUAAGCACCCAGGCCGUUUCCACCAGGCGCGUGUAAGCUCUCUUUAG